CGAAAGGUCUCCAUCGUUGUCCCCUGGAGGAGAGUCGCCUUGGACAAUUACGUGUGGGUUCUACUUGGCCAUUGAUCCUUUUCAAUCCUACCGUUUUAAUCGGCCUAUACCCUACGGCUGCCCUUCUGGCCGCCGCCUUCUUCCGAUCCCGCCAUGGGCAAAUAUAAUCUCACAGCUCUCCGAGUCCGACAGACGGCGCUUCGACAGAAGGAAGCCGGUAAGACUCACCAAAUCCCAAAAUGGAUUAAUGUCGUGCGCGAUAUCCCCCCCGCCCAGGUCCUCGUGCGGAACCAGCAACAACAGCACCAGCUCGUCCGACAGCGUGUGAAAACGCUUCCUGGAGCCUCGAAGCCGCAGGUCGUUUUUGAAGUUCAGGAGAAGCGUGUGAAACCGAAAAAAGCCAGCCGUAUGUUCCUGCCCACCGAGAUCAAGUACGAAGAGGACCUGUUGCGAAAGGAGUUUUUCCGUGAUCACCCCUGGGAGCUUGCGAGACCCCGAGUUGUGCUUGAAAGUACCGGAAAGGAUUAUGAGAACUAUGACUGGAGCCGGCUCCAGCAACCAGGAAAGCGAUUGGAUGGUGAGAGUGUCGUCCAGCGUCAGCUCUGGCUCCUUAACAAUGUCCCCGAUAUGACCAAGAGUACCGCUUAUGAUAUCGCGCGCCGUGAAUUCUAUCGCCUGCGUCUCCAGGAAGAUAUUGAACGGCGAGUCGCUGCCGAAGAAGCCGAAGCCACAGGUGCUACAUUCGGACCUACCCGCCUUGAAGUCGGCAUGGAACUUGAAAACCAAGAAUACGAACGCUGGAAGGUAUGGGCUAAGUCGGAAGCCCAGGUCCAGGAACAGAGGACAGCAGCAUUUACCGGUGCUCCGGAGAUCCCAAGUACUGACGAUAGCUUGGGGCUAGAGGAAGGGGUGGAAGAGAAGCAGCCUCAGCAGGCGUAGACCAUAAAAGCAUGAAUAUCUUGAUAGAACUCGAUUGAACUGGUCUGGGGUAUUUUGGGACCGGACAUCUCGAUGGUUAUGUAUAAUACUGGAUGUAUUUUCUUUUCCGAUACUGUUUAUGUAUUUCUUCAAUUACUACUCAACUGCCCCGU